UUAGCACAGCAACAGAAGCCAACUAGCGCAGAAAAGAGUCGGCGAAGGGUUGACUGAAUGAAAAAUCAACUGGCUAGCGACAUCGAGUGUAGUUUUAGGAAAGUGUCACCCUCCCCCUAAAUAUUUAUUAUAUUUUAUAAGCAACAAACAUUACAGUUUGAUAAUAGUUCACAUUCGUGUUUACCGUAUAGCCACGAGAGGUUAGUACAAUCCUAAAAGAGCGAGGAUGUUGGUCCCAGCGGGAAGAUAAUGAAGCGGUUGCGCGUUUUGUUGGCGUGCCUCAUCCUCUGGUGGUACCCCAGUCAUAAUGUGUGUUGUUCAGAGCAUAGCUCGUCAGCUCCAGGUGUGUCUAGUGGUGAAAGCAGCCUCCCAGAGCAUCAUCAUGAGCAGCACCACAGGACUGACCACAAGGAGGAGUCGUCGUCGAGGACACACACACACACCUACGACGUGGAACUGGAGACAAAGAGGGCUACACUAGAGGAGCCCAACACACCGAACACUGAACAGACUGUGAAUCAGAAGGAGCCUGUGGUGGUCUGGUCUGCCCCAGAACCACACCUGGAUCCAGAACCCCCCGCUGCUGCUGCUGAGCCUCACUCACACAACACACACAUCCUCACAGACCCAGAGCCCGAUACACAACCCACUCCCCUCCAGAACCAGGCUCCCUCAUCCCCCUCCAUCCCACCGCUCAGCGACGACCCAACCCAGGGACCGGCCUCCACAGACCACACAGGCCCAGUCGAGACCCCCAGUGAUGCACCGGCAGAACCCAGCCCAGCCCCCUCUACAGAAGACCCCCAACACACACCUACCUCUACCUCUUACAUCCCUGCUCCAGCCCCAUCCAGUUCAAUAGAGGUUGCCAGAUCUCAUCCCGCGGUAGAGGAUUCCCCUGUAGAAGUUGCCAGUGCUGAAGCCGAUCCCUCUUUAGAGGUUGCCAGUGCUGGAUCUAAUUCCUCUCUAGAGGGCAAUGUUUUCGCUGAUUUCUCUGGCUCUCAGUGUGGGAUGAUUCCCCACAACCUGGCAACCCAAACCCCUCCUUUUGGCAGCCCGCCCACGAGUGGUGAUGAUGACUCUGUAGAGAGCCAGUCAGAACAGGGUCACAGUCAGGAUGCUCCAGGUGCUGAUGUCCAGGUGUCUCUCAGCCCAGAUGACCCAGACCAGGGCCUACCAGAGCUGGACCAGGGGGGAAACACAUCCUACAGGCACCAAGACACAGACCAAGACCAGCAGGCAGUGGAUGAGGCAGUGGAUGCCAGUGGUAAGGAGACUGACCCCUCAGUGCCCAGUAAAGAAGACAUCCCAACAUUCGACGAGUGGAAGAAACAAGUCAUGGAAGUGGAGAAGGAGAAGACUCUCUCCCUCCAUACCUCCUCCAGUGGCAUCCCCCCUGUGAAGAAGGUGCAGAAGAACUUCAAAAACAACUAUGCUUCUGUGGAGUGUGGCGCUAAGAUGCUGUCAGCUAAUACAGAGUCUAAGAGUACCUCCGCUAUCCUCAUGGAGAAUAUGGACCUGUACAUGCUGAACCCCUGCAGCAACAAGAUUUGGUUUGUGAUAGAGCUGUGUGAGCCCAUCCAGGUGAAACAGUUGGACAUCGCUAACUUUGAACUCUUCUCCUCCACGCCGAAAGACUUCCUGGUCUCCAUCAGUGACAGGUACCCCACCAACAAGUGGGUGAAGUUGGGAACGUUCCACGCCCGUGAUGAGCGCACAGUCCAGAGCUUCCCAUUGGACGAACAGCUCUAUGCCAAAUAUGUCAAGAUGUUCAUCAAGUACAUAAAGGUGGAGCUCAUCUCCCACUUCGGAUCAGAACACUUCUGCCCCCUCAGCCUCAUCAGGGUGUUUGGUACCAGUAUGGUGGAGGAAUACGAAGAGAUCGCAGAUUCCCAGUACCCCUCAGAGAGGCUGGAAUACCUUGAUGAGGAUUAUGACUACCCACCUGGCUACCUCCACUCUGAGGACAAAGGUUCUAAAAAUCUGCUGGGCUCUGCCACAAAUGCCAUUCUCAACAUGGUCAACAACAUAGCAGCCAACGUUCUGGGAGGCAAGCCUGAGGAUGGAGGAGCACAGCUAGAACCCAACGCAUCAUCAGAAGCCCAGAACCAAACCGAGGGGAAUAAGGAGGUGCUGCUCACACCAACCCCUACCAUCACCACACCUCCUCCAGCAGUGGAGCCAGAGGACCCCGAUGUCGCCCUCUCCUCCCCGGACUCCCCCCUACCCACCCCGGACUCCCCCUCCCCAGAGGAUGGACAGAUCGUGACUCUGGUGGUGGAGGAAGAGGAGCCCCCACAGUCCACUGUGACUCUUAUGGAGGAAGAGGGGGAUGAUGAUGAGGAGAGAGAGGAACAGUGGAUGAGGGAGAGCCAGCUGUACUGUCCUCUCUCCUCCGUGUCUUCCCUUUCUUCUGUCUCGUGUGUGGCCACACUGCCGGAGCUGCUACGGCGCUGGUGUGACGUUUGCCUCGCCAGAGAGAGACAGCGCGGUCUCUGCAAGAGGCAGCAAGACACGUACACACACACCCCCAUAAACACUCCCUUACCCACACACACCACCAUACAGGACCCUGUCCCCGCCGCCACACACACCCAGGAAGCCCCAACACACACCGAGCCGGUCCCUGAUCCUGAGAAGACCCCCCGUGCCCAAAAUGAGGUUUUAUCUCCUACAGAUUCACACAAUCACACAGACACACACCCCGUAGACCACAUCAUUGUUCUGGAGCCUAGCCGGACCUCUACCCUGCCCCCCCACAGCUUCUCUCACACCCCCCUCUCCAAACCCAACCCCACCCAGGACGAAGCUCCUUGGCCCCUCAGCCAAGAUGACCCCGUCCCCCCUCCAGCCCUGCAGGGAGCCCCUGUCCCAGAGGCCCAGCAGGCCAGCACACCCAACCAUUCCCCUAGUCCCACUACCCCCCUCCACCCCCUAACUUCUGAGACAGCUUCUCUGGACCUCACUCCACUCUCCCUGAAGGAGCAGCCAGUCCAGGCCCUCCCCACUGCCUCCAGACCUGCAGAUCCCCCUCCCACCGAACUCCCUGUGCCCCUCCAGCCCGACACACACGCAGAGCCACACACACCCAGGGCUGGGGUAGAAAGUGGAGACCUCAAGGGCCACGGGGAGCAGGGUGGCGACUCCUCUCCCCAGCCAGCAGAGCACCCACUUAGGGAAGAGUCCACGGAGGACCUGCUACUUAGCGUCCCGGUUAUUGCUAACGGACAUUUACACCGGACAGCUACGGACUUCUACGCUGAGCUGCAGAGCACAGGGGAGUAUAUUGGAGGGAAUGGAGGCAUGAACGGAGGAGUGAAUAUGCACGGCUCCAGUCAAAAGGAGAGUGUGUUCAUGAGGUUGAACAACAGGAUCAAAGCCCUGGAGAUGAACAUGUCCCUCAGCAGCAGAUAUCUGGAGGAACUCAGCCAGAGGUAUCGUAAGCAGAUGGAGGAGAUGCAGAGGGCCUUCAACAAGACCAUCAUCAAGCUACAGAAUACCUCCCGCAUCGCUGGAGAACAGGACCAGAGACAGACGGAGUCAAUUCAGAUGUUACAGGGCCAGCUGGAGAACGUCACCAAGCUGAUGAUCAACCUCACCAUGACUGUCUCACAGUUACAGAAAGAGGUGUCAGACCGACAGAGUUAUCUGGUGGUGUCUCUAGUCCUGUGUCUCUGUCUGGGCCUGGUGUUCUGCCUGCACUGCUGCCGGAGCACCAACACACAAACCACCACACACACCGCAGUCAACCACUACCCCAGCCCCAAGAGGUGUUUCUCCUCCUAUGAGGAUAUGAGUCUGAAGCGGAGGAUAUCGUGUCCUCUCGUACGCUCCAAGUCCUUCACCUUUCCUACUUCAAAAGGCCCCGACGACCUAUACAUUGUUGAACCUUUAAGGUUCUCACCAGAGAAAAAGAAGAAACGAUGUAAACUGAAGGCAGCAUUAUCAGCUCCCUCUUCCCCAGGGGCUGACGGGGCACUCGAAUGCAACGGCCUCCCCCACUCUGUGACUCCCCCACCUCCACCACCACCUCCAAUUUUAGAAGACAUCUCCUGUAAGGAGCUCCACAUCCCCUCAGAGGGCAGCAGCGGCAGCUCCUCCAUCCACUCUGAGGAGUCCUACAUCAGCCGUGGCCCGCCACUCUCCUCCCCCCCGUGCAUGUUUAACGGCCAUGCUGCCCUCCCCGUCCCGCUCUGCCUCCCCUCCCUCCCUCCCUCUAAGAAGAGGUCAGCGAAGCGUCAGAGGUCUCGUCAAGUGGAGCUGCAGUUAUCCUCCAGACAGACAGGGGGGGCUAUGAACUCCCUGCCCAGCCUGCAGCAGCUGAUCAAGGGAAACAAGAAGAUCAGGGUGGGGACUAUUGGCCCCACGGCCGUCACAGGACAUGUCUAAUCACAAAUGCACACUUCAGACUGACUCAGAUACACACACACACACACACACACACACACCCUGGUAGCAGACUUGGUUAAGGAGGUGUGUAGGGGUGUGUGGUCUCGCCCCAAAAUGGCCACAUCUCUGAACCACUUCUCCCAUGAGCACCCUGGCCUACAGUGGAACUCGGAAACCAUGACAUUAGUUGUCCAUCAACAGCCACCCUCCCCACCAAUCAGAGACCAUUUAACGGUCAUGUGCCUUUACUGUCCAUUCAAAAGCUUUCACCAAUGGAAAAAAAUAAUAAAUUCAAAGUAUUGUUCUUUUUCUUUUCGGAGAGCAAAACUGUAAUGCUUUGGAGUGUUAUAAGAAAACAGACAUUCAUACAUGUGACCUGUUUCUACUGGACAAGCACAUUGCUCCAUAAGACCUAGGCGUCAGGGGCUUGUACUGCAGCCCUGUACCCAGAGAGGAGAAGGGCUGGCUGGGUAGAGCUCCUACCGCAGCCCCCUGCCUCUCCUGGGGCCUGUGAAAGUAGAGUAUGAAGCUGUAAGGAUGAAAUGUGUCGCAAUGAGAGAACUGUGCAGCAGGACUAGUUACUUCUCUAACCCAUCCCUCCCUCCUUUCUCUUGUCCUCCAUUUCCACAUUCUGUUCAUUCUCUGUGUAGUGUUCAGAGCUAGCGAACACUACGGCAUUUGUUGUUCAUAUGGGACUGGGGUGUUAACCUUCACACCACAGCAGGCCCUCUGUCUCGCCCUCUCAGGCAGUCUAACCUAACACAACCAGCAGAGCUGAAUGAAGAUACACUGUGUGUGUUCAUGUCUCUGUGUCUCUAGGGGCUAGCCAUGUUUAUCCAGCUGUGAUACUAAGGAAGAAGCUCUAACUAUUGAACUAGUUUACAUAGCAGCUUGUCUCGCAAGUAAGACCUCUGAAAGUUGUAUGGGCUGGGCCCAAAAUACACACACGCACGCACGCACGCACACACACACACACACUAACAAACACACACAAAGGGAUCUUGUACUGUUAAAAUACGGAAAAUUAGGAUGAAGUAUAUUCCAUUUUAAAGAUCACAUCUAACUGGUAUACUUGGUCCAUUCUAUUGUGUUCUACAGACCCCCACAAACAUUUUAAGUCAUCAAUUGGGCUUUAUGUACCUAUUAUUUAUGGAGAUAUGGCCAUGUAACUCCUGUCCAAUAUGGCUCCAUGGGGCUGGUUGGUGGCCAUUUUGGAAAUGCUGCCAGGGUGGUAAUACAAAACAUCUGUGAUGGCAUUAUAGCUAAGAAAUAUAUUUAAAAAACACACUUCUUGGGACUUGUUCUAGCUGUUUGUGAAAUGUGGUGUUUUUAUCACAAAAUCAACAAUUCCCCUCAAAUUUGAGGCUUAGCUGCUGGACUUUUUAUAGGCUGGUUGUUUUUGCACAUUGUGGCAGGUACCAGUCAGUCAGUUGGGUUGUGUUUUUAUAUUGAGCUGUUUAUGAGCCAUGCUGAGAACUGAGUGUUGUGUGAUAUUCUAGUUGUUGGGAACAGUUCAGUCUGAAGAUGACACAGCUUUGUGAGUAGAAGUUGCCUUUAGUUACUAAUCUAAGAUCAGCUUUCCCUCCCCCAAUUCCUCAUGUUCACCAUUUCUUGAAUCAACAAUGCAAUACUGAUCUUAGAACAGUGUCUAGGGUUAACUUCACUUUGAGAGCAGAUCCCCUGAGGUCCUAUUGAGGACUCUGUGAGGUCAGUUUUAUUUAUCUAUUUAUGUCCUGGCCUCACAGCAAACCCCACAUACUGUAGCCCAGGGGCACACACACGGUACAGACAAUAAUAAUGGUUUCAAUUAAAACACAUAUACACACAGACAAAGGUACAGGUACAUCAGAGGAGGCUGGUGAGAGGAGCUAUAGGAAGACUGGCUCGUUGUAACGGCAAAAACAAACAUAUUUGAUUUAACUAGGCAAGUCAGUUAAGAACAAAUUCUUAUUUUUAAUGACUCUCUAGGAACAGUGGGUUAACUGCCUUAUUCAGGGGCAGAACAACAGAUUUUUACCUUGUCAGCUCGGGGAUUCCAUCUUUCAACCUUUCGGUUACUAGUACAACGCUCUAACCACUAGGCUACCUACCGCCCAAGUUAGCCUAGUGGGUCAAAUAAUGGCUCCUCCCACCAUUAAAUGGAAUUAAUGGAACGGUAGCAAACACAAAGGAUCCACAUUUGACUCAUUCCAUUGAUUAAAUUCCAGCCAUUACAAAGACCCCAUCCUCCUAUAGCUCCUCCCACCAGCCUCUGACGUACAUACAUACCAUGGUACUGUUGCAUACUGUGUGAUUUUUUUCCACUGGCUGCCCGACACACUAUUUAACACAUUGGCUCAGAUGUUCACUUCUUUUGUGACCAAUAUUUGUUUUUACAAAGAUAUAGAGACAACCAAGGUGUCCACCUUUUUAUAUUUCUGUGGUUUUGAGUCACCUCCACUGUCUCACACACAAACCUCGCUUAACUAGACCUCUAUCAGGGUACGGAGUGCUGUAACCAUAUCAGCCCCAGUAAUAACUGUUGCUGGAUUGUAUAAGACAGAAUAAUAUUCAAUAUGAACCAGCCACACCUCACAAAUCAGAGGGUGUGGGUCUGCUUCCUUAGUUGUUCAGAGUACUUUGGGAAGAUGAAGUUAAAAGAGAAGAAAUGUUUGAAGUCUUUGGUUCUGUGUCUGUUCUAGGAUGUGAUUGGCACGGCAAAGGGGGAAAUGUGAAAAAUCCCAUCUCUGUGUACUAUAUACCUGUGUAGUUGGCCUGUGUAUAGUGUGGGUGUGAUCUGAUGGCCUCUGAGUUGGGUUGGUUGUUGACUAACUGAGAAAGAGACACUGGAAUACCACAAACCAAAUAAACACUACACACUCCCUCGAUAGUUUACUGCUACAGACCAGCCUCCCAGGUCCCCUACUCUACCCUCUCCACACUCUGACCUCUAACCCCUACACAGGUCAGGGUUCAGACACUGGCAAGAGUUCUUUUAAUUGAACCACUUCUCUUCCCUUUACUAUGAAUGGCUCUUUUAACUGGCCACCUCUACUUUCCUUACUAGCUGUCAUUCAUUCAUUUGUUGUUCGUUACUGUACAUUCACUCCACCUCAUAGGCAGGUAGUGGUUUUCAGAGGAUGAAUUUAAUAAAGGGAAUGUUGGGAAAGGGUUUGGUACGCAAAACUUUAUCUGAAGAAGUGUUCCAUACCCAGCUAAUCAUGACCCUCUUUGUUUUGCUUCCUUUUUUGAACGUGUAUGAUAUUAUACUUGUGUGUAUGCAUGCAUGCAAGGAAGUGUUUCACUGUGAGUGUUUGUUUCACUGUGAGAGUGUUUUCUCUUGACAUGCAUGUGAGAGACUCUGCAAAGCCCUAAUUUAACAGUGACUGGAGGUCCUUGGUGACCCCUGGGGCUCAGUGUGCACUGUUAUUAUUACUACCUUCAUGCCUUUUUGUUUUUCUACACUAAACCCUGUCUCAAGUGGUUUCUGUCCAUGCCUCCUUUUUUCUCUUUUCUCUCACUGUGAGUACUCUGAGGAAGAGCUGCAUAGUAUUGUGCAACAGGAGCGUGAGUGUAACUACAAAGAUGUAGUGCCAUUAGAAACUGUGAAUUUCUAAAUAAAAACUUUUGUCUUUCA